AUGCAGGCCCUACACACACCCAGAUCCUUAUCGAGAGGCUGGGUUUUCAGCAUCACUAUUGCCACGAGCUUUGAGCUGCUUCAGAAGCCCCAUCCCAUCCUCUCAGGGCAUUAUCGGACCUAUGUACAGGGAACCUCGACUUUCUCCUGUCCUUCGAGUCACCCCGCGGGGCUGUCUUCAGGUCUGCUGGGCAGGACACUGUCCACAGACAGCUUCAGGGUCUCUAUUCAGGAGAUGUUUAGGGGCAGCCAACAGCCGUCAGCCCGGAAGAGGGCCUGCGGCGAAGGUGGAGGUGGGGGAAUAGUGUGGAAGCAGAGUUUGCACAGCAGACAGAGCUUCCGCCUGCCCCCGCCCCCACCCGCAUGGACCCCCCAGCCCCGGCCCCAGGGGCGGAGGGCCCGCCGCGCCGCAGAGCCGGCCGAGGAGCCCGCCUCAGCCCGGGCCGCUUCGCCGGCCGGCGGGAAGUUUUCCACCCCCGGGCGCGCGUGGGCAUCGCGCGUCCGGGGUGAGUGCCCCCGGGUUCGCGCCGCAGCCGCCGGGAGAGAGCUCCGAGCCGGGGCGUCGCCAGGGCGGCAGAGGCAGGCGGUGAAGCGCCGCUCCUGCCUUGCCUCAGGGUGCCCGCGGCCCUCCCGACCGGCCGGCAGCCUCCCUCCCGCGUCUCGCGGGCCCCGGCGCUCCGUCCCGGGGGGCGCCCCUCGCCCGCCCCCGCCGCCGUCCGCUCGCGGGGCUCGGCUGUCACUUCACUUUCCCUCGGCGCCCCGCGGGCGUGCGCGGCGGGGAGGGGGCGGGGCGGCGCGGGGCUCGCGCUCUCUCCCGGGCGCGCGCGCGGACGGCCGGGCGGCGGCGGCGCACGGCGGCGGCGGCGCACGGCGGCGGCGGCGGCUCCACUUUCCAGGACUCAGGGGCGGCGACAGCGCCAGCCGCGGGCAGCAGGCUGGGCAGCCGGAGCUGGAACGGCCGGGCGCGGCGGCGGCGCCGGGGGAUCUAAAAUGUCCACUGAGGCACAAAGAGUUGACGACAGUCCGGGCACUAGUGGAGGAAGCUCCGAUGGAGACCAGCGUGAGAGUGUCUAGUGGGAACCAGAGAGAGAGCAGGUUCAGCCGAAGAAGAAGGAGGGGAAGAUAUCCAGCAAAACAGCUGCUAAACUGUCUACUAGUGCUAAAAGAAUUCAGAAGGAACUUGCAGAAAUUACGUUGGGCCCACCCCCCAACUGUAGAUACCCUCAAGGGACAGAAUUUCUUCAAACUUGAGUCGGUCGGCACGGUGUUGGAUGUCAUCAGUGAAAUGCUCAGACUGAACUCAUCAAAGAAGGAAUCGGCUAGGCCUUACCUGGCUCCUGACAGUACCAAUCCAGAUUUUCAGAGUAAUCUCCACAAAGUGUACCAGGCUAUAGAGGAGGCCGACUUCUUCGCCAUCGAUGGGGAGUUUUCAGGAAUCAGCGAUGGACCUUCAGUCACCGCAUUAACAAAUGGUUUUGACACUGCAGAAGAAAGGUAUCAGAAGCUUAAAAAGCAUUCCAUGGACUUUUUGCUGUUUCAGUUUGGCCUUUGCACUUUUAAGUAUGACUACACAGAUUCAAAGUAUAUAACGAAGUCUUUUAACUUCUAUGUUUUCCCGAAACCCUUCAAUAGAUCCUCACCAGAUGUCAAAUUUGUUUGUCAGAGCUCAAGCAUUGACUUUCUAGCAAGCCAAGGAUUUGAUUUUAAUAAGGUUUUUCGCAACGGAAUUCCGUACUUAAAUCAGGAAGAAGAAAGACAGUUAAGAGAGCAGUAUGAUGAGAAGCGUUUGCAGUCCAACGGCGCAGGUGCUCUGUCCUACACAUCUCCUAACACUUCAAAGUGUCCCGUGACAAUUCCUGACGAUCAGAAGAAGUUUAUUGACCAAGUAGUAAAGAAAAUAGAAGAUUUAUUACAAAGUGAAGAGGACAAGAACUUGGAUUUAGAGCCAUGUACUGGGUUCCAAAGAAAACUGAUUUAUCAGACUUUGAGCUGGAAGUAUCCCAAAGGCAUUCAUGUUGAGACUUUAGAAACUGAAAAGAAAGAGCGAUACAUUGUUAUCAGCAAAGUAGAUGAAGAAGAACGCAGAAGAGAGCAGCAGAAACACGCUAAGGAACAGGAAGAACUGAAUGAUGCCGUGGGAUUUUCUAGAGUCAUUCAUGCCAUUGCUAAUUCGGGGAAGCUUGUCAUUGGACACAACAUGCUCUUGGAUGUCAUGCACACGGUUCAUCAGUUCUACUGCCCUCUGCCCGCGGUGAGUGACCUGUCAGCCUGUGUUAAAAAUUCUCAUCUUCAAUACUGAGAAAGUGUUCUUUGUGGGGUGCCGUUCCCUUGUCUGCACCUGUCCCCGAGGGACAGUCUCCUGCACUUGGUUGAAUGUUUUUGAAGAGAUUUUAAAGGAUCUUCGGACAUCUGCCAUUGCUGGAGCGAGGUUAAACAUUUGUUUCGUCUUGAUGCCGGAGGUUUGUUUGCUCAGUUAGUGCUGAGCAGGGGUUGCUGAGCCGCAGAUGUGGUCUCCGGGUUUGAUACUGCUAACGUGAGCCACAGCAGGGCGCUG